UCUUUUCUUCUCAAACAAAUUAUCACCCUAUUCAAACCAAACCUCUUUCAUAUCACCUUCUUCACCUACCCAAAACCCCCCAAAAAAACCCAAAUAAAAUUUUAAAUUAUUCUUCAAACUGUCCAACCAUUAAUCCCCAAAAUUUAACUUUUUAAAACCUCCCUCUUACUUUCUCUCUCCUCCUCCUCCUCCUCCUCCAUGGCUUCCCUUGUCGAAGUUUAAAUAUUGGAAACAGUUGAUUGAUGAGCUAUGGAACAAACCACCACAAUGGGAAGAACAACUACAACAGACAUGCCUGGGUUUCAUUAUAAUAAUAUUAAUAAUAUUAAUAAUAAUAACGAAAAUAGCCCACGGAAAUCGAUGCAGUUAACAAAGUGGCUAUCCGAUCUCGAUUGGCGUCUUUUCCCUUUACUCUUCUCCUCCCUCUUCCUCCUUCUCCUCUACUUCUCCUCCUACGGCAACGCCGGAAACAUUCAGUUCAACCCGAGCUCCGUCCAACAACUGUCUUUAUCGACGGUGACUACGGCAGCGGAGUUGGCUCGUAAGGCCGAGUUGAAUCGGUCGAGGAUUGCGGUGUGCUUGGUGGGUGGUGCUAGAAGGUUCGAACUCACCGGACCUUCGAUUAUCGACCGAGUUCUGAACGAAUUUCCUAAUUCGGACUUGUUUCUGAAUAGUCCACUUGACUCAAAUUCCUUCAAGUUGUCCCUGUUGAAGUUUGCUCCUCGAGUUAACUCGGUCAGGAUUUUUAAGCCGAAACCAAUUCCUGAAACCGAGUCACAGGUUCGCGUCCUCACUGCCGCUAACUCCCCCAAUGGCAUUCAGGGACUAGUACAAUAUUUCAGUUUGGUGGAAGGAUGUGUAACAAUGAUCGAAGACUAUCAACGUGAGAAGGGAUUUACAUAUGACUGGAUCGUCCGUACCCGUGUGGAUGGCUAUUGGUCUGCCCCGCUAAGCUCAAAUAGCUUUAUCCCAGGUCAAUAUGUGGUUCCACCUGGUUCCUCAUUCAGUGGUUUGAAUGAUCGGCUUGGUGUUGGGGACUACAACACCUCCGUUGUGGCACUCUCCCGUCUAUCACUCAUUCCCACUUUACAAAACUUGAAUUACACCGAGCUAAACUCCGAGACUGCUUUCAAAGCCCAACUCACCUCCCAUAAUAUCUCAUACCAGACCCCGGCCCAACCCUUUUGUAUUGUAACAGACCGCAAGUAUUCAUUCCCACCAUCUCAUUUUGGUGUGCCUGUCGCGGCUCUAUCAAGCCGCGGACCCUUAAGUGGGGCCAAGUGCAGGCCUUGCAAUCCUGCUUGUACAGGACCUUGUGUGGCUGAUGUGAUGCGUGGGCUGAGCAAAGGGUGGAGUUGGACUCCUUGGAGAAAUGGCACGAUUGAGCUUUGUGAUGCUCAUAGUGAGUGGGAAGUUGGAUGGGAGGAGAAUUUUGAUGAAGCUGUUGGGAAAAGACUGGCAAAGUUUAGAAAAAGAGUUACAACUUUGAAUGUGAAACAAUGUGUCAAGGAUUUUAAGCAGAUGAAGGGAAGAGCAGCUAAGUGGGAUUCUCCACCCUUGGAAGAAAUUUGUAAACUUGGGUUAGGGCCCAAGUAGUAUACUUGACAUUAUAUUAUUAUUAUUAUACACGUAUCAUUACUUUGUACAUAGAUAAAUUGUUCGUUGAGGGGGGUACAAAAGAGGGAGAUAAAAAUGAGUAAUUUAGGAUGGUAUUUUUACAGUUUUACCACUAGCAUAUUCUUUUUGGAUGACAAAUGUAAUUUAAUAAGAAACUUUGAUAAUUUCUAUUAAUAAAUUCAGAUUUCGGCUCAUUAUCA